AACCAUUAAACAAAUUCAGUGUCCCUAGGAUUUACAGGCAUUUCGAUCAGGUUCGAUUCCAAGUGUUGACUCCACAGUGGCAGUUAUGAUGAAUGAAGCCCUGUCGUAUUUUCUCUAUUUAUUCGGUUUGUUGUAUCAGGCCAUCGCUCCCUGCUCGGUCCCUGAGCUGCUGCCGGCCAACACUGUCAACCAUCAGCAGUAUCUUGGGAAAUGGUUCUUUAUAGCAGCAGUCAGUCGAAAAGAAGCUCACAUCCAGAAGUUCAAAGCACUGGACAACAUUUUGUUCACCAUGGAGGAGCCGGCCAAUGACACGCUGCUGCUGAGAGGACUUAUGCGCAUGGGGGACAACUGCAUAAAUCAGACCUGGACCUAUCAUCUGCAUCCUGACCGGGAUGAUUUGGAGCUGGAGGGAAGGCCACAGCGGAGGAACCUGCUCUGGAGCGGCAAGUGGGCCAACUGUGCCGACUGCAUCAUUUUCCAGGAAUCUGAGCCACCGCUAAAGGAAACAGACACAGAGGACUCCCUCAGCAGAUUCAUGCUUUAUGCUCGGCAAAAUGAUGUCGAGCCUGAGGUGGUGAAGACAUUUCUGAAAAAUUCAGCUUGUCAUAACAGGUUGGCGAAUGUCAGACUACCUCAAACAAAAGAGUUUUGCAUCUAAAUAUUAACACUGAGGAUGUUGCUGUGGCCUCGGACACCCAGGAUAUUAAUACGUUUAUUUCUUGUUAAAUAAAUGUUAUAAAUAAAUAUGACUUUUGGUCACCUUUA